AUGAAACGUGUGCUACAUCUUCCCUCGUCACUGAGAGCUUCAGUUGGAGGAGACUUGAAAACGGAAGUUGAAAAUCUCGUGCAGUCCAACACUACAUUUGCUCUUAUUCAUAAAGACACCCAUCUGAAGUUCAUUUCAGAAAAUGAUCGUUUCAGAAUACUCUGCGUUAUCCAGGACUCAGGACACGCCCGCCUCCUUCCAGCUCUGACUUUGCUCCCUUCCUACCCAGAGCCGCAAGUGCCCCCGGCGGGUGCGUCUGUGGCCGAGGACCGCGAGGACCGGACGGACAUCGACUGGAAAACGAUGCCGAGGCCGCUGCCUGAGCCGCGAUGGCCAGAGCUGGACCACAACAUGGCCACCGUCCCCCUGUGGCCCAGCGACCCUGCCUGCGCCAUGCACAACGUCUCCUUCGCCCUUCGCGCGAGCAAGACCUUCCUGGUGUCCUUCCCGCGGUCCGGGAACUCCUGGACGCGCUACCUGGUGGAGGGGGCGACGGGGGUGGCCACGGGGGCGGUGUAUGCGGGCGAAAACCUCAUCCACUUCGGUAAGAGACCCAGGGUGGUUGCGUGGUGGUUCAGUAUUGAACGCUUGGGUGUAAAUAUUGAUACUGUACCAUUACGUUGGGGUCGGUGUAACCAGAAGAAAAUUAAGACCUUUUUAAGGCCCAAACCAGUUGCUUUUGAAGACCUAGAACCACUAAUCGCUAAAUACACACUUCCACAUAAUGUCUUGUAUUACUAA